AUGUCUAGCAAUAUCUGGCCUCUGCGGUGCGAUGAGACGGGAUCUCAUGAUGAAGGCUCCUGUCCGACGUGUGCCAUAAAAACGUCUCGAACCCUGUGCGAGAUCCGCGGUACAUCUCACGAACCCACGGCAGGAAGCUCUUCAAGGAAUGUGCCGAUUGCGUCCAUGCCUCGAAGACGUACUGUUGCACUGGUAACCACGGCGUCUUCUACACCCAAUAAAAUGGAUGAACCAUAUCUCUGUCCUAUUUGCAAGGAGACCGCCCAGAACCAAAAUAUGGCCGAAACUGACGCCCAACUCACGCGCCGUACACCCAGGUCCUUCGUCACUUUCCCUUGCCAGCACGCAUUCCAUCCCGACUGCAUCGUCGCUUGGAUCCAAUGCCAAGAGCGUCCUACCUGCCCCUAUUGCCGUAAGCCGCUCUACUACACCUGCAAGCACAAAGUGAAGCUGGUGCAUCUUGUGCCUGAGCAUAUCUUUCCCAGAUACGAGUUCGAACACCACUGUGGGAGCCCUGCAUGUUUCAAGGCACAUCAGGAACAAAAGAUCCUCCGGCGACAGUCCGUCCUGAACGAGCUUUGCGAUUACCUGCGGCGUACCUGCGAGAGGACCAACGCAAAGUCAAGGUGUAUGGAGAGCAGGGAUUGUCGUCUUUUCGAUGCUAUGUGCAGGUACGGGUGGCGGAAACCGUGGGGUCACCAUCCUCCGGCGCUUAUUCAAGCGAUCAACAUUGGAGCGGGGGCCAUCUUUAUUCAGAUGGUAUUGCAGCGAACACUCGCCCGUCUGCUUGACGAGAUUGAUAGGGAGGCCAAGCAACCGGAGAUCUUCCGUCGGAAUGGACUGGAGUAUGUCCCAGCGGCUUUGGUAAGGGAGGCUUGUAGGGCUAUGGAGCAGUAUCUAUCUCUUCUGGAUGGGUCAUGGACAAAUGUUGAGAACGUGAACGGCGUGUACCAAGCUGAAGACAUUGAGAGAUUAUACCCUGGGGUACUGCAUUUCUAUUCAGUGCCUGUCGACGAUGAUGAAGAGGUCACAGUGGAACAUAUUGAUGGGUUGGAAGGAGGCACUGCUCACCAUGGUUAAAAGCCUUGUAUGUGG